GAAGGUUUAUGUCCUUUCUAGUACCGGUAUUCUAAUUCCUAAUUCUAUGUAACAUCCUUUCUCGCCAGUGUAAACGGAAGUGAACAGUGUCGAAGAACAUUUUACACGUUAGUGGUUUUAUUGUUGUUAUUUAGACGUUUAUUUACCCGCACAGCAUCACAUAUGUACCCCAUGCAGUCUUUAAUUCGCGUAUCUUGGUAACACUAGCUAGCUGCUAACGUUAGUUAACAAUGGCUAACUGUAUGGUUAUUCAAACUCAAAUAGCCUCCAUCAUGGAGGUGCUAGCGAAUGCAGCGGUGGCAGAUAUAUGUAAACUCGUAGACGACGACUAUGCAGUGUUUCGUUUGGAAAUAACUCAAAGCCAGAAAGAAAACAGGACAUUGCGGAGGAAACUACAGCUACUGGAACUGAAGGUGGCACGGGAGCGCGCAGAGAGGACAAUACGAGAGCGCGUACUCGCCAGUCGUCCAAGUAGUGUCAAGAUCCUUGACCGAAACAGAGGAAUAGCAAGAGGUGAAGGACAUCUCACUGGAGGCCACAGGAGCUUUGUGAAGCCAGCAGGACACAAUACAUGGAGAGAUGACCAACCAAUCACUGUUGAUGAGGGGAGUGGAACCUCAACCCAGCAUGUUAUCAUGAUAGAGUCUGCAGAUACAGAGGCUGCAGGUCCUGGGGUGAAGCAAGAGAGGUCUGAAAGAGAGGAGGACCUACGGCACAGCAGAAACAUCCAGACUGGAGCGGCUGGAGCGUCCUCUGUAGCCACGAAGGACCCCACCACGGCAACAGCGCAGACCAGUGCCGGCUCAGUGUAUUUACCAGUAUUUCACCAGAGCCAGGGGACGGUUCAUUCCUGUGGAGAUGGUGACGCAUUAGUCACUGGUGGUGAUGAUCCGUCAUGUUCUUACACUACAGAGAUGGACCCUGGCACCAUAUCUGUGGGUUUAGAGACACAGACUGAUCUGUCUAAAGGGGAAUGGAACCGGUACAGUAAUAGUGUAUACUCUGAAGGGUGCCUAGAUAAGAAAGGGGAGGGUCUGGUCGUAGAUGAGGUGACUGUGAAAGUGGAGGGCGACGCUCCUCCCACAUGGAAUGCAGAUAGUCACCUAGGAGUCAGACACUCACAGGGCAGAGAUUUCUUAGAUUACAGGGAAAGCUUAGAGACAAAUCCAAAUGUUGCGACCCACUCCCCUUUACACAUUCUCAGGGAUCGCGACCCAGUGUCCACGUCGAUGGGGCUUUCUGAUUCACACGGCCAUGUCCUUUUCAAUCAGGUAUUGAGCGCAAACGACAGGGCUAGAGCUCAGGGAGGGGGAGCCACAUCAGGCAAUAGUAAAGAGAAACGGUUCCUCUGCAUGUUCUGUAACAAAGGCUUCAGCUGCCCCCAGAAAGUGGAGAUCCACCAGAGGGUCCACACAGGGGAGAAACCCUUCAGUUGUACCCAAUGUCACAUGCGCUUCGCUGAGGCUGGCAGCCUGAAGAGGCACCAGAGGGUCCACACAGGGGAGAAACCCUACAGCUGCCCCCAGUGUGAGAAGAGGUUCUCCCACCAGCACCAUCUGAAGAGGCACUUGAAGGUCCACACGGAAUAGAGGUCGUUCACCUGUAAGCACUAUCGGAAGAGGUUCUCGGAGAAGAGUUACCUCAGGAUACACCAGCAGAAAAACGAUUCCACUCUAUAACAUAGAAAGUAACCAUUCCAUUCAAUGGCUUCUAACGUUUAGAUCAAACUCUGCCCCCAGAAGGUGGAGAUCCACCAGAGGGUCCACACGAGAUGACGUAGAUCAAUUUCCAGAACAACAAGGCCAAGACAUUUUGGGAUAUAUAAGGCCUAAAAAGACUUAAUUUAGCCUACAAACGGUAUGUUCACAUGCCUAUUUCAUUACUUCCAUUCAACUAUUUUUAUCUUUUUCAAUAAACACUUAUUUUUAUUUUUUGUACCCCUUUUUCUCCCUAGUGGUAGUUACAGUUUUGUCCCAUGCUGCAACUCCCAUUUGGGAAAGGCGAAGGUGGAGAGCAGUGCAUCCUCCGAAACACAACCCAACCAAGCCACACUGCUUCUUGACUCAAUGCCCGCUUAACCCGGAAUGCAGCCGCACCAAUGUGUCAGAGGAAACACCGUACACCUGGCGACCAUUUCAGUGUGCAUUGCGCCCGGCCAGCCACAGGAGUUGCUAGUGCGCGAUGGGACAAGAACAUCCCUGCCGGCCAAACCCUCCCCUAACCCGGAAGACGCUGGGCUAAUUGUGCGCCGCCCCAUGGGUCUCCCGGUCGCGACCGGCUGCGACAGAGCCUGGACUCGAACCAGGAUCUCUAGUGGCACUGUGCCUUAGACCACUGCGCCACUCGGGAGGCCAUCAAUAAACGCUUUUAAUGAGAAAAUUCAUGCAGCUCAUGCAGUUCAAUCAUGCAGAUUGGUAGUUGAGACGUGUAUAUGUGGUUUUCAUAUGGUUUAUUUAAAACGUGUUUAUGUUUAAUAAACAGAAAAUGGGACUUUUCAUUCUAAGACUUUCUCUGCUGGCACAUGUUGCCGACAGUUAUAUCAAGUUGGCUGGAUGGCCUUUGGGUAGUGGAGCGUGAAAAACCCAGCAGCGUUGCAGUUCUUGACACAAACCGGUGCGCCUGGCACCUACUACCAUACCCAGUUCAAAGGAACUUAAAUAUUUUGUGUUGCCCAUUCACCCUCUGAAUGGCACACAUACACAAUCCAUGUCUCAAGGCUUAAAAAUCCUUAGUUAACCUGUCUCCUCCCCUUCCUCUACCCUGAUUGAAGUGGAUUUAACAAGUGACAUUAAUCAUAGCUUUCACCUGAUCAGUCUGUCAAUUAGUACACUUAGUGUAUAUGCUCUUCUGUACAAUUUGUGUUUACAGUCUGUAGGCCAUGUGGACCUGCUGAUAUCCAGUCUUGUUGGCGGGAGAGAGUGCACCUCUGAGGUGGCUGGUCAUAAGCCCUGGCGCCGGAUCAGAACCCCGGAUCAGGAGCCGUUGCUCUUCCUUCCUGUGUCGGAACCAGGACCGAACCACAAGGGACAGAGACUCCACCACCACACAGCACACAAUCCCACCAACACCAAAACAAUGGCUAGAGGUCAAGGAGUUCAGACUAACCUGCUUCUACCUCCUCUGGUGCCAUUGGGUCACAAUGUGGGAAGCCGAGCAUUAGGAUGGACGCCGACAAGCCAUACGCCUGCCCCACGUGUGGUAAGCGCUUCGCUAAGGCAAAAUAUGUGAAGCAGCACCAGACCGUUCACACUAAGGACCUGCAGACUGUUACAAAAGCUUCUUCCCGAGUAGCUUUAUAAGACAAAAAUGUCCACAAUGGGGAGAAAUUGUAGCAGUAUAGUUAUCAUGUGAAGUGUCUUGAGGUAAGAGGGUAAUCAACCACCCACCCCUCAUUAACUUGUAAUUUGAAAGGGGCUUGAGUAAAAACCUGUUCUUAGAGACACAGUAAAUCUAGGCUAGAAGGACGGCAAUUGAAUAUUUACCUUACUGAGGUGAUGUAGAUGGAAUAAAGUAAUUAUAUUCUUUUAUACUAUAUUCUUGCUAACACACUAUUCUUUCUAAACAUGUCUGUUCUCAGCUUGAAAGAUAUUGAUCAUAGGAGAGUUGAUGUGUAAUGUAAUAAGCAGUACGGUAUUUCAAAGAACCACACCCUUUAAGCUGACGCCAACCAAUAAGAUAAACGGAAGUGGGCAAAAUUCUACUUGAUAGGAGAGCCACAUCAGCAAGAAGGGAGAGAGUCAUGAUGCGGAAGAAUAGCGCCAAUCUCAAACCUACUUCUCCCGAAAUAUAAAUCUAAUGUUGCUUUUUAGUAUAAAACAACUACCGAGGCUGAUUUCAUUACAUCUUAACUUUUUAUGGCUGCAGGGGCAGUAUUGAGUAGCUCUGAUUAAAGGUGCCCAUUUCAAACGGCCUCGUACUCAAUUCUUGCUCGUACAAUAUGCAUAUUAUUAUUACUAUUGGAUAGAAAACACUCUCUAGUUUCUAAAACCGUUUGAAUUAUAUCUGUGAGUCAAACAGAACUAAUUUGGCACAAACUUCCUGACCAGGAAGUGGAAAGUCUGAAAUCAAGGCUCUGUUCUUCUUCCUGCCUAUAAAUGGGCAUGAUACGUAAGAGUCUACGUGCACUUCAUAGACCUUCCACUGGUUGUCAAGAGGCUGUGAGAGAAGAAAUUUCGUGUUUAUCUUGGUCUGAAGUGGAAUACAGGCUCUUUGUAUGACGUGUCCCUCAUUUCCGGUACUCUCGGGAGCGCGAGGUGGACAGUGGUAUUGCCUUCUGUUUAGCUGCCGUUAUGGAUGACAACUAUCUCCGGCUUUGAUUUUAUUUGAUACAUGUGACCAUAUCAUCGUAAAGUAUGUUUUUUCAAUAUAGUUUAAUCAGAUUAUUGAAAUUUUUUCGGGAGUUUUGCUGUGUUCCGUUCUCUGACUUUGUUGACGAUGGAGACAUCCGUGCCACUUGGCUAGUGUGCGUGCUAAAUCAAGAGGGAAAGUUGCCGUUCUAAAUCCAAACAACGAUUGUUCUGGACAAAGGACACCUUGUCCAACAUUCUGAUGAAAGAUCAGCAAAAGUAAGAAACAUUUUAUGAUGUUAUUUCAUAUAUCUGUCGUACAUGUGAACUAGUUGUGGGCGGCCAACGUUUGGGUACUCUAGCUAUACCGAAGCUGCAUAUCGUAAUGAAGUUAUUUUUAGAAUUCUAACACUGCGAUUUCAUUAAGAACUAAUGGAUCUAUCAUUUCCUAUACAACAUGUAUUUUUUAGUUAUGUUUAUGAAUAGCUAUUUGGUCAGAAUAUGUGUGUCAGAAAAAGUGUCAGGAAAAAUCCGGACGUAGUGAGAAAAAGUAGCUAAGUUAGCACAACGUGUAACCAUUGAUUUCAGCUCUAAAUAUGCACAUUUUCGAACAAAACAUAAGUGUAUGUAUAACCUGAUGUUAUAGGACUGUCAUCUGAGGAAGAAAAUCAAGGUUAGUCAAAAAUUAUAUAUCUUUUGCUUGUUUGUUACGAUCGCUUACUUUUGCUACUGGGAAAUUGCUUGUGUUUUUGGCUAUUGUGGUAAGCUAAUAUAACGCUAUAUUGUGUUUUCGCUGUAAAACACUUGAUAAAUCGGAAAUAUUGUCUGGAAUCACAAGAUGCCUGUCUUUCAAUUGCUGUACACUAUGUAUUUUUCAGAAAUGUUUUAUGAUGAGUAUUUAGUUAUUUGGCCUUGGUGUCUGUAAUUAUUCUGUCUGCUUUCGGUGCAAUUUCUGAUUGUAGCUGCAAUGUAAACUAUGAUUUAUACCUGAAAUAUGCACAUUUUUCGAACAAAACAUAGAUUUAUUGAAUAACAUGUUAUAAGACUGUGAUCUGAUGAAGUUGUUUCUUGGUUAGUUUGGUUGGUUCUUGGUUAGUUAGGUUGGCUUUGUGCAUGCUACCUGUGCUGUGAAAAAUGUCUGACCUUUUUUGUAUUUGGUGGUGAGCUAACAUAAAUAUACGUGGUGUUUUCGCUGUAAAACAUUUUAAAAAUCGGACAUUUUGGCUGGAUUCACAAGAUGUGUACCUUUCAUAUGCUGUAUUGGACUUGUUAAUGUGUGAAAGUUAAAUAUUUAAAAAAUACAUAUUUUGAAUUUCA